CAGCGUUUAUUUCAUUUAUAUAUAUUUAGCUUAGCUGAAACGGAUCGAGUGUCCUACAAAUCAAUAGAACCUAGUUCGUUCGGAUGAUGUACUUGGUAGGACCGUAGCCCAAGCCACCUGGCGAGGAAAGGUUUCAUAUGGAUUCACUUCUUGCCACUCUUCUCAUAAUCUAAUGGUUGAACUCUUAUUUCUUUUUUCAUAUGCAUUUGAUUCCCAGGAAGAAAGGAAAGAGACUCGCGAAGAACAGUCAUAGCCAAGUGGAUGGAAAUAGCAUAAAUAGAGCCAAGCCUUCUCUAAAAGAAGCAAGUGCAAGUCCCAGGAAAGCAGCUAAUGUCAGAGGACCUUUGCUUGAUUCGACUUCAGCCUUGAUGUGCCUCCUCCUUUUUCAAUAUGAAAUUCGAGAUUAAGUAAGUUGGUCAGUCACACAAAAAUAAAAUUACCCAUAUAUAUCCAUCAUCCUUUCUUUCAACUUUAUUAGCGUUAGUAGGUAGGGCGGACUACUCAAUUUCCCCCAGGAUUGUUGAUGUAGUUGCUUGUAGUUUUUUUUUUUAGUUGCUAGCUAGAAAGAAUUAUAAUUAUAGUUCAGGAGAGAGAAUCAAUGUUCAGUAGUACGCCUGGUUCUACCACUUCAGGGCUCAAUCAUGCUAGUUAGGCUAUAUGCUUAAUACAUGCAAGUCGAACGAAGUUUUCUUGGGUUUCUCUUUCUUAGUCUUUCUGAUAUCUUUGGUCUUUUUCCCAUGCUUUCUGUUGGUCAACAACCAAGCACAUCUCACUUUCGUUAUUCACUACUCCGUGCAGGAAAGACCCCCAUUUCAUAUUUCAUAGCGCCUGGGGAACGCAAGUUUGAUCGAGGAUUGGAGAGGAGAGGUGGAAUGGAAGAAAAGGCUCGGGAUGGAUUUAGGAGUCUUUGUGCGAGCCGUAUGCGGUGAGAGUCGCACGUACGGUAACGAGGGGGGUUCGCGUCUAUACGUGUAGUGUGGUGGUUGGGCCUACCCACCCUAUUUGUUCCAUGAUCUAUGGGUCUACUGGAGCUACCCACUUCGAUCAAUUAGCCAAGAUUUUGACCGGAUACGAAAUCACUGGUGCUCGAUCUAGUGGUAUUUUUAUGGGGAUUCUAUCUAUCGCUGUAGGAUCCCUAUUCAAGAUCACUGCAGUUCCUUUUCGGGCGGCUGUAGAACGGACGGCCGCCUAUAGGUGGUAGGGUAGGGUGGGUGGUACCGCUCAGAUUGCGGCCAAUCUUCCUAACCGCGCGCGGGCCGGGCUUAGAGCGCGUGAAACUCAUCAUUAUCUCGUAAGGGCGUUGAGACCAUAGCAUGUUAAACGAAAGCGCCGCUUUCUCUGUAGUGUUGUCACACAGCUGCCCGCCUAGAAGAGCCACUCGCUCUGUAGUGUUGUCACACAAGAUAAGCACGCCGCCCGCCAGCUGGCCGGGCGAAUCGAAGUUCUCUUCCGGUCAACUGUCCACCCAGUCAAGUGCAAAAAACACAGUAGAAUCACGCAACGCACGCUGCUGGUGUGCUUCCUGCCCGCGAGGAAAGAAGAGCGACAAGGUUUAGUUCAGAUUUGACUGUUUGCAGCAUGGGAGCGGAUUACCCAAAAAAUCCCUGGGAACAAUGAAAAAAAAAGAUAUCUCGGUAACGAAAACUAUAGGGGGCUGUAUUGGCGAGAUCCAACGGUGAACAGCUGUCCAAAAGAAAAACCGCCAGGAAGUCCGAGGACCUUUAGUACCGUACCCUACCCCCGAACCAGCAGCCUUUGCGCCAAGCAAGACCGCCCUUGUCCUUUCUCCAUUCCGCCUCCUUCUUUGCUUUGUUCCAAUAGAGUCUAAGGCAAAGCAAAAGUGGGUUCGUAUGCCUACUUUACCUACUUGACGAAAGGGAACGAACGUUUCCGGGUUUAUGGAUUGGAUUCAGUCAGCGUCACUCCUUCCUUUUGAUUAUGUCGUGACGCUUUGGUUACCGGCAAACGCUUCCAAAGGCGACCCUCUCGAGUUUCCGGCUGUUUCCUAGAUUGAAGUUGCCUUUCUUUCGUCGCCCUACCAAACGAAAGAAGUCACUAUCAAAAAGCUCGCCCUACUGAAGUACCAAAGGUGCGCUCCGCCCGGUGACUAAGAAAUUGGUUUGCGCUUUGAAGUGAUGAGGUCGCAAAGAGGGAAGUAGGGCUCCUAUUGACUAAAGGUUUGUUCUUCGGUUUCCUUUAGAAUGAAAGUCGCUAUGAAGCCCCUAUUCUAUUAUAUUAUACUGACUUUGUUUGAUUAAAAAGGCGAACCCCAACUAGUCGUAUGGGGUGGGGUGCUUGUGGUAAGCUGCCUUGGAUAUGAGUAUGAGGAAUUCCUAAAAAACAGGCAAAGUCCGGUAUUUGACGAAGAUCUUUCUAUCAAUAGAUAGGAUUUAGUGUUCGAUAUAGGGGAUAGGAUCCAUCUGCUCUUUCUCUCUCCAUUUUUUAGAGAGAGAGCAGAUAAGAUAUAACGCUAAAAAGGGGAUAAAGAAAGGAUACAUAGACAUCUAAGGGGAUGUCUAUUCUAUUCCUCUUUAGAGAGAGUAGAGAAAAAAAGAUAGAUGAACGAGAUCUCUUUUUUCUAUCUAUCAUUGAUUCAAUCUAUGAAUCAAGUCGAAAGACUUCUUUGGGUUCCCCGAAGCCCCGAAUGGAUUGUGGAUCGUUUCUGCCAACGAAAUGAACGCGGAGCCCGUUCCGAAUGCUUCUCCGAUCCGGAAGUUAUCGCGAAGAGAAUAAGAUGCCUCCCUCUGUCUUUUCUCGCUUUGCUAAUCUUCCCUUCUAACGCGGGCCGGGCGCUUAAGUAGUUAGGGGGCGCGGGAGGAAGAAACCUAAGAGAAGAGCGUCUUCUCUCUCUUAGGUUUCUUUUUUUUCAGUGCAACACAGGAAAGCGCCCUCUUUUUGUCAUCCCUGCAGCUUUCCAGAUUUUGUAUUGAACGUAUGGCGUAGCUAGGAUCUUCAAAUCAUGUUUGAGCCUAUCCUAUGUUCAAACCAACCCCCCUAUUUGAUUUUAUGAAUAAGGCUGGAAAGAAUGCCCGCCAAGUUCAGAUAAGGGAAUGCUUCCCCCAACCAUUAAAGGAAAGGCUCGACGAAGGGAGGGAGAUGCGGCGGGGGAAGGAAAACGCUUUCGGAGAUCGAUAUUUUUUUUUUUUUUUCAUCGAAAACGAAGAAGGCCGAGGAUGGCCUACGGUGCGUGUUAUCUGAAGGGAACACGCUUUUUCGACCGCGGUGGUAUGAUUGCCGGGCCCUCUCCUCGUUCCGCCCGCAGGCCUAUUGGGAUAGCAGCCUGCGGGCUUUGCCUGCCCUUUUUAUUCUCGGCCCGGGAAAGCGCUGGCAACAACAGAAAGGAAGGGGUCCAUGUAGCUGCUGCGUCCGCCCCCUUCUUAGUCAAUGGGGCAGCAGGUUCGGCAUCUACUAAAAAAGAGAGAAUCCACUUGAGAUAACCACGCCUCUGCGUGGCAGCGUGUGGAAUGGCCAAGAGCGGACCUUUUUGGAUAUAUAAUAAAAAGAGUGGAGUUACGGGAACAGCCGUCUGAUGGAAAACUACUUUCACGUUCGGUUCAGAGAGCACUUUUUUUUUCGUCGAGAAUUCUUCGUUCCCUUUCGUGUGAAUUCCCCAGCGGCGAAUUCAAAACUUUUUUGGCCCCCAUCUCUCGAGCCCCGAAGAAAACCCCCCUCCCCUUCGGACUCCAUAUCUCUUUUGACUCUAUAUAUGUGGGCACCUGAUAUCUAUGAGGGUUCACCCACCCCGGUUACAGCAUUCCUUUCUAUUGCGCCUAAAAUUUCGAUUUUUGCUAAUAUUUCACGUGUUUCUAUUUAUGGUUCCUAUGGAGCUACAUUGCAACAAAUCUUCUGUUUCUGCAGCAUUGCUUCUAUGAUUUUAGGAGCACUGGCCGCCAUGGCCCAAACGAAAGUCAAAAGACCUCUAGCUCAUAGUUCAAUUGGACAUGUAGGUUAUAUUCGUACUGGUUUCUCAUGUGGAACCAUAGAAGGAAUUCAAUCACUACUAAUUGGUAUCUUAAUUUAUGCAUUAAUGACGAUAGAUGCAUUCGCCAUAGUUUUAGCAUUACGGCAAACCCGUGUCAAAUAUAUAGCAGAUUUGGGCGCUCUAGCCAAAACGAAUCCUAUUUCGGCUAUUACCUUCUCCAUUACUAUGUUCUCAUACGUAGGAAUACCCCCGUUAGCCGGCUUUUGUAGCAAAUUCUAUUUGUUCUUCGCCGCUUUGGGUUGUGGGGCUUACUUCCUAGCCCCAGUGGGAGUAGUGACUAGCGUUAUAGGUUGUUUUUAUUAUAUACGCUUAGCGAAAAGAAUGUUUUUUGAUACACCUAGGACAUGGAUUUUAUAUGAACCAAUGGAUCGUGACAAGUCCUUACUACUAGCAAUGACUUCGUCUUUCAUUACUUCAUCCUUUCCAUAUCCCUCUCCCUUGUUCUCAGUUACUCAUCAAAUGGCACUCAGUUCAUAUCUUUAAGUUCGAUCAUUGACAAGGUUCAAAGAAAGGGUGGG